AUGAUACCAUUAUUCCUCUUUUUCACACUCACCUUCGUUCUCAUCAUCACCACCACCUUUUUCCUCCGUCCAAAACAACCCAAACAUGACAGCAAACAUCCGCCCGGUCCACCGGGCUAUCCUGUCAUCGGUAACCUCCACAUGUUAGGCACCCUGCCACACCGUUCCCUCGAAGCCUUGUCCAAAAAACAUGGUCCCAUCAUGUCACUCCGGUUAGGACAAGUUCCAACUGUUAUAGUCUCUUCAUCUUCAGCAGCUGAACAAUUCCUCAAAGCAAAUGAUCUUGCUUUCGCCAGCCGUCCAAAACUCGAAGCCACGCACUACCUAGCUUACGGUUCUAAGGGGUUGGUUUUCUCUGAAUAUGGCGCGUAUUGGCGUAACAUGAGGAAGAUUUGUACUCUGCAGCUUUUAAGUGCUUCUAAAGUCGAGUCGUUUGCGUCUUUGAGAAAGACGGAAAUGGAGUUAGCUAUGAAGUUGUUGAAGAAAGCUGCGAGCUCGGGUGAGGUUGUUGAUGUGAGUGAGUUUGUGCAUGAUGUUAUAAUGGAUAUUGUAUGUAAGAUGGUGUUGGGGUGUAGUAUCGACGAGGUUUUUGAUUUGAAGAGGCUAAUUCAACAAGGGAUGAACCUUUCUGGUGCUUUUAAUCUUGCUGAUUAUGUUCCUUUUCUUCGAGUUUUUGAUCUUCAGGGUUUAAGAAGAAGGUACAAGAGAACUCAUAAAGAACUUGACCAAGUGUUGGAGAAGAUAGUUAAGGAGCAUGAAGAAAAUUCAGAUGUACAGAAUGGAGGACAGAAGCAUAAGGACUUUGUCGACAUUCUACUGUCACGGAUGAACCAGCCGAUCGAUUCGUCUCACGAACAAAACAAUGUCGUUGACCGAACAAAUAUAAAGGCUAUAGUCUUAGACAUGAUUGCUGGUGCAUUCGAAACUUCUGCAACCGUCGUGGAGUGGGCUUUAGCCGAGCUCAUGAGACAUCCAAGAGUGAUGAAAAAUCUUCAACAAGAGUUAGAUAAUGUGGUUGGGGUGAACAAAAUGGUGGAGGAAAAUGAUUUGUCAAAGUUAAGUUACUUAGAUAUUGUGAUCAUGGAGACUCUAAGAUUAUAUCCCGCGGGACCACUCGUGCCACGCGAGUCAAUGGAGGAUGCUACGGUUGAUGGUUAUUUUCUACAAAAGAAAUCAAGAAUAAUUGUGAAUUUAUGGGCGAUAGGAAGAGAUUCUAAGGUAUGGUCUGAUAAUGCAGAUGAAUUUUAUCCAGAGAGAUUUGUGGACAAAAAUUUAGAUUACCGCGGAAAUGAUUUCCAGUUUAUACCAUUCGGUUUUGGUCGAAGAGGAUGUCCUGGAAUAAACUUGGGACUUAUUACGGUUAAACUUGUUGUCGCUCAACUGGUACAUUGUUUUUCUUGGGAACUUCCCUCGAAUAUGACUCCAAAUGAUUUGGACAUGACAGAAAAAUUUGGUCUCUCAAUCCCAAGAGCCAAGCACUUACUUGCCAUGCCAAAAUAUCGUCUUCACGGGGAAGCAACAUGA